AUUCCCGUCGUGUUAGAGGGAACCGCUUUUGGUUUUAACGUUUUAAACCGAGACAUAUGUGGGCUGCCGAGCGGCACUAAGAAAAAAAAAAAAAACAAAGAAAAAAAACAUCGUUUGACAGCUAACCGUAAUUGACGGAGUUGUGAACGUUGCUGUCUAUUCACAUAACCUCGUACCCGCCAGCUAGCUGCCUGUUCGUUAACGAUGCGGCCAUAUAGCACGUUUCAUUCAUUGUGGCUAACGCUAGCUUUGUAGUGGCGGCUCGCGCUCACCUGAGCAGGUUUCGGUCUAACGUUAACGUUACUUCCUAACGUUUGCUAACGCUGCUGCUCGCUGCUACAGUGAGGCUUUCUCUUCUCUUCUGUUCAACUGACGGAUAUCUGUCUCGUCAGCUAGUCUGCAAAGUAUAUUAGGUUAACAACGUUAGGUUUGCUUUCACUGACUGUUAUGGACUUUGAAGAGAAAGCGAGGGCAGUGGCUGACUGCUUGAUGAGCUACAAGAGGGAUGAAUCCGGGUGGAAAGUCUGCAAGAAAUCGAAUGACGUGGUUGUGUCUUGGCGUCCCUCGUCUGAGUUCCCGGGGAAUGUUUAUAAGGGGGAGGGUAUUGUCAGUGGCAGCCUGGAGAAAGUGUGGGAGUGUCUGAAACCAGUACCCAACGGGCUCAGAGUCAAGUGGGACAACAAUGUCAAAAAGUUUGAGCUUUUGGAACAAAUCACAGAGGACAUCUCUAUCUGCCGAACAGUCACGCCCUCAGCAGCUAUGGGUAUCAUAGCUCCACGAGACUUUGUAGAUGUUAUUUUAGUUAAGCAAUACGAAGAUGGCACCAUUUCAUCAAAUGCCACCAACGUGAAUCACCCGGGCUGUCCUCCCCAGUCUCGCUACGUGAGAGGGUUCAACCAUCCAUGUGGUUGCAUCUGUGUCCCCAUCUCAGGAGAGCCCAACAAAACCCAGGUGUUUAGUUUCUUCCAGACGGACCUGGGUGGCUUCCUCCCUCGCUCCGUGGUCGACUCGUUCUUCCCCUCCAGCAUGGCUGAGUUCUACGGCAACCUGACCAAGACUGUCAAAUCCCUCAAGGACCUUUGACACCAAGAGUUAAGAAAUCUGUCUUCAGACCUGAGGUCUACUGAUAAGUCAGGCCAAACGUUCAUUCCAUUUUACACUGAGAUUAUCCAACUAUCGCUUAUUUCAAAUAGAUCUAAUCCACGAUUUAUGUUUAAUGUGCAUUCCUAUAUUCCUGUGUUACUGCAGGAGAAAUCCAGUAACAACAGUCAACCCCCUCAUUUGAAAGCGGUCUAAAUAUUGAAAAUUCUCAAAAUAAGAAUAAGGGCUUGCUCUUGAUAAAAUGAAAAUAGAUGCAAAAUCUAUAUUUAUACAUGUGCUAAAAGUACAGAAAAUUUUGUCUUUUUACCAGAAUGAUAAGACACCGCCAACAUUUCCUCUGCUUAUAAUUGCAUACUUCAGUGUGUACAGUAAACAUGCAUGUUGCAUGGACCUUAUUUACCCUAUGCUGGUAUCAGAUUAUUGGUUUGGAGUACUACUGACUCAUACCUCAUAUUUAGUUGUUUGUGUUGUACUUGAAAUGCCAUAGUUUUGCUCAUCUCCACUGAACUGUAAACCAUGAAUAUCUGCCUCUUUUCUCAGCUACACUGAAGCACAGGUGGGAUGGCACCGGUGGCCUUUUUUUAAACAAAGGUAGCUUUUUCUUUUUUUCCUAAAAGAACGCCUUUUGAAUUUGACAUGUUUAGUGCUGCUCUGUUGAGCUGAAAAGUGUCCUCCCCUUUUUUUCAUGGCAUUGGUUUCUGAAGGACAUUUCCCCUUUCCUUUUCUUCACACACAAUAAGAUCCCAUGUAACAUUCCUUUUUUAGAUACAAUAAGAAACACGAUUUAGGAUAUAAAAUAAUGCGAUCGCACUAAUAGGCUGAUGUUUUCAAGACAUCGGGCUAUUUUAUUUAGUAGGUGCUACUGUAAAAGUGAGUACUGGGAAGAAGUGGUGCACUUAGGAGUUUUGUUCCUCUCAAUAUAAAACUGUUCCACUGCAUAAUUAUGGAUCAAGGAUCAAGGUACGUUAGUCUUAAGUAACCUGAUACUUGAGGUAGUCAAAAGGAGACACGGUUAAAGUGAAAAUGAUACAAAAAUGCACCGAUAUAAUAUUUCUCAACAAUAUUAUGGAUAGUUUCAUGGGUACAGUAAGGUAGACUGAAGCUCUUUAUUGCUUCAGUCUACCUUGGUCGGAUCCAUUUUAAUGUACUUUCUUUAUUUGGGGCUAGUCCCUUUAUUGAAAAACACUUGGCCAAAAAAACUCACUAUUGUGAAUACUUAAAAGUCUAGUUCUAUGUUAGGGGAAGGGUUUCUGAUAAAUAAAAAAAAAGGUUCUAAUUUUA